AAACAACAGCUAUACUGCAUAUAUGUUACAUGCAAGCGAUGGCUUAUUGUUCAGGGAUACUUGUGUCUAGAUUUUGAGGGCGAAUCAUUGCGACGCCGCUCGGCGCGUACAAGGAACGCUAUGACGAUUGCGCCCCAUAUAGUGCAGCUAUUGUGUUGCUAGGUCGUAUGGUUUCUUCAUCUGUUCUUGGGCGGCUCUUGUGUGCAUGCGCCCGGGCCGUCCCAUCCUUGUUAGCGUUAUCCCUAAAACCCUAAACCCCCCACAGUUGACCAGGGGCAUGUGCGGGAGAAGGACAUUUUUGGGAAGGUGGACGACUGGGGGUUGCAUCAUGGGAUUCUGAAGGAUGAUGUGACCGCUGUUGCUUGCAUCACCACACCAAAGCCUCACCUGGCUCAGGCGUGGGAGCGUUUCAUGCGUGAUUUGUCCUUCCGUCAGCUUAUGGUGUUGCAUGUUGCGCCAUUUUGGAAUGCCACGAUUCCAAAUGGGGUGGAGCCGUGGGACCAUGCACUACAGGGUCCUGAUGAGUUACGGUGUGAGUGAGGCAGAUGCUAAGGGCCUGUGGAGGCAUGCUAUUUUCUAUGCUAAGAAUGGAGGCAUGUGGCAUAAGCAGCCUGCACAGUGGGAUGCGGUUCCUUAUUCUGAGCAAGCUCACCGUCGUUGCAAGGCAAGGAUGUCUUUCUUCAUUCUCAACAGUGACUUGAGUGCUGGCGUUGAUCCUGUCAAGUCACUGGGUGUUGUGUGUGAACGUGCCAGUGACAACAACCUUUCGUACACGGUGCAUCUGGAGGGGAUGCAGCAGGCUGUACUAGGAGUGAUGCAUGUACCUGAUAGCUUGUAUGUCCGAGAAGGGCAGGUGGGUCACGACCAGUCAGUUGAUGCUGGAUGGGGGCGAGCCAUACCCAUCAUGUCAUCAGGAGCUUGGAGGUCAUUCCUGGAGAGUCGGCGUGGUGGCCGAGUACUUGACGCCAGUACAAUCUUUGGCGUGGUUCAGAACCUCCAUGACACCAAGAUCGUCGAGAGAGGAGUCAAUGUGAUGCGGCCUUUGUUUCAGGUGAUUAUGACAAAGAUGCAUGGUGGUCCACUAUACACCAAGACGUUGAUCCUUCCGGCUAGCUCAUAUAAGUCGUUCAUGCCCCGAGAGCUGGCCCCUGGCAUCCGUGAGCGGGACAAGGUGUAUGCGAAGUCCUACAUCUAUGAGGAGUGUGGUGAUUCUGGUGGCAGCUCUUCUGAGGAUCCGGAUGAUGAGCUCCUAGAGGAUAGCUACAUGGAGCUCAAUGAGACGGAGCUUAAGGGGAUGCGAGUUAUGCCGGAGGAGCCAAGGAAGGACCCAUGUGAGGGGUACCAACGGGUUCAAUGGUGGGAGGAGCAAUCUGUGAGUGUGCGGG